CACUCCAAGCGCACGUUAGCUAUCUCCGCUGUCUCAGCCACCGCGACCACCGUCCGAUGGAGUCUCUGUUCGACACGAUAAACGUUCGAGAUCUUCUCUCGGCGCAAGAUCUCUCCGACCCGAAUUCCCCUCUCUCCGCGCCGGAUCUCCGCCUCCUGAUCCAGCGUCUCGAGUCUCAUUCCCUCCAGAUCCGAUCACAGGUGCAGUCGUACCUCGUCUCGCACCGCGACGACUUCGCCAGCCUCUUCUCCCUCUGCAACGACGCCGUUUCGCAGACGCACCGGGUCUCCGACGAUGUCUCCGGCAUCCUGCGGCUGCUCUCCGACCGCCCGAUAGAUGCGGAGGUGCGCGAGGUGUUGGAGGAGAUGAAGGGGAAGAGGGAGGAGUUGAAGGUCAAGAGGGAGCUUCUGGGGUUGGUGGGGACCAUUGUGGAAUUGAACGAGAAGUUGGAGAGUGUGAGGGAAGGGUUGAAGAGUGGAAGGUUCCAAUUUGCUGCUCAAGGGUUGAAGGAGUUGAAACUGGCGUUGAGGAUUGGUGAUGAUGAUGAUAGGGAGCCAUUGGUGUAUGGUUUGUUGAAGGAGGAGUGGUCUCAGUGUUUCGAAGAGAUUCAAGAGGUCCUUGUGAAGUUUAUGGAAAAGGCUGUGCGAUUUGAUAUGGACUUGAAUCAAGUUGAAGUCAAGUAUCAUUUAAAAGUUGAAAAUAUGAAUGGGAUUCCAUUACAAACAGUUCUGGAGGCAAUGGACGUGGUUGGUAUUCUAGAGUACGGGCUUGCAAAAGUUGCUGAUUUGAUGAUCAAGUAUGUUAUCACUCCUUUUGUAAAUCGUGGACGACCUCUUUCAUUUCUAGAGGACUUGAAUCAAGAAUCAGCUAUACUAAAGAUAGUUCCAUCACAGGAUAGUAAGCUUGAAUAUUUGGAUGGAGAGUUCCUAUAUUCGGGGAUUGUGCUGUUUAUCAAAUUCAUUUACAAAAGUAUUUGCUUCCAGAACAGUUCUUGGAUCCGAUGUUUUGGAUGGUUGAUGUGGCCAAGGAUAUCAGAGCUAAUAAUAUCUAGCUUUCUUUCAAAGGUCGUCCCAACAGAUGCAUCAAAACUUCCUGACUUUCAGAAAAUCAUCAAAUGCACAUCUGAAUUUGAGACAGCUUUGAAAGAGCUUAUGUUCAUUUCAGCAUCAGAUGACAAGGAUAACAAGCUUAGCAAUUUUGCUGAAAAUGUUGAGGUUCACUUUGCAUUUAAGAAAAAGACUGAGAUCUUGGCUAAAGCUAGAAAUUUGCUCCUAGAAUGUGACUUUUCCAUUCCUCAAGAGUAUACAAGGGAUGAUUCUAUCUGGAAGAAUGAUGGAACUUCUAUCCAGUCAUCCAACCAUGUUGUGGAUUUGCUUUUCUUAUCAGAACGGUGUUUGGUAUCCAAAGCAGCCAAGCAGUUGAUGGAGCUAGUUCAUCAGACGCUGCAGGAUGUUUGCCUGUCAUCUACAAGAGUCGCUUUGGAAUUUUAUCGUGCAGCUAGAGAUGCUAUACUUCUAUAUGAAGUAGUUGUCCCAGUCAAGCUAGAGAGGCAGCUUGAUGGCAUCAACCAAGUAGCUGUUCUGAUUCAUAAUGACUGUCUGUAUCUUUCCCAAGAGAUACUUGGGUUUGCAUUUGAGUAUCGAACAGACUUUCCAAGUUCUAUGAAGGAGCAUGCUGUGUUUGUUGAUUUGGCUCCAAGAUUUCAGCUUUUAGCAGAAGAAAUACUGCAGAGACAAGUUCACCGUGUUAUUUAUAACUUGAAGGAGGCUAUAGAUGGUGCUGAUGGAUUUCAGAAUACUCAUCAGGUGCAACAAUCUGAGUCUGCUAAAUUCAGCAUAGACCAGGUUGUUUUCAUUCUGGAAAAAGUACAUAUUAUAUGGGAGCCACUUUUGCUGCCUUCAACUUACAGGAAAAGCAUGUGUACAGUCUUAGAGUCAGUUUUCUCAAGAAUCGCAAGAGAUAUACUUCUCUUAGAUGACAUAGCUGCAGAGGAGACUCUACAGCUACAACGACUUAUUCAUUUAAUGCUGGAAAACCUAUCAUCUUUAUUUGAGUCCCUGUCCACUGGGGAUCAGAAUUCGCUUGAGUUCUCUGCAGAUUCUCUUGAAAAUCUCAUCCCAUCCUUAUGUAAAAUCCGCAAACUUUCAGAAUUAUUAGAUAUGCCUUUAAAAUCCAUUACUGCAUCUUGGGAGAAUAAUGAAUUGCUGUCUUGUGGCUUUACGGUAACUGAGGUGGUAGAUUUCAUAAAAGCCAUAUUUACAGACUCACCUUUAAGAAAAGACUGCUUGUGGAGGAUACAAAAUGCGAGCUUUUAGGAUUCAUCUUACUUCCUAGAAAAUUCAUAAACGUAUUUAUAAAUCUCGAAGAACACACUGGAGUUAAGAGAUUAGAAAUUCAGAGAUGAUCCCUCCAAGGCAAAAAGCAUGUGAGUUUGAGCUGCCGCUCCAAUAUUUAUGGUGGCAGAAAGUAAAUGCAGCUUUGAAACAGAUUCGUACUGAUAAAUUUUCUGACGAGGAAGCUUCCCCAUGAAGACUUUGUUGACGUAAAUAUUUGCUUAGAAGUUAUGGUCUUUUUCUUUUUCUUUUUCGCUUAAAGCGAACAUGGGGAGGGGAUUGGUGCUGAUCCGAGCCCAGUUUCCAUUUUUGCCCUUACAUUAAUAGGAAGCUCUAGGGUAUGAAUUGAAUGGUAGAUAUAUACGUGUAAUGCUACCCCUACAUUAGAUGCGGCGGAUGCAUAAACAUGUGGCUUGAGUUUUGGAAAUAGAAUUUUUCUUAUAGAGUGAAGCCAGUUGCAUUUAGGCUAUGGAUUCAAGUGUUGUGAUUCGCAUUACUUUUUAUGUUGCAACUACUACAUUUUGUUGCCCGUGUACAGUCACUUGUCAUUGAACUUGCCUAUUCUUUAUUGGUAUGAACACUCCAAUUGUAAGCUUGUUUGGCAACAAGCGAAAUGAGUUGUGCAGAUAGGCAUAUC